GACAGCUCCUAUACUGGGCACACAUAUAGGGGGUCCAUGUAGACAGCUCCUAUACUGGGCACACAAUAAGGGGUCCAUAUAGACAGCUCCUGUACUGGGCACACCUAUAGGGGGUCCAUAUAGACAGCUCCUAUACUGGGCACACAAUAAGGGGUCCAUAUAGACUACUCCUAAACUGGGCACACAUAUAGGGGGUCCAUAUAUACAGCUUCUAUACUGGGCACACAUAUAGGGGGUCCAUAUAGACUACUCCUAAACUGGGCACACAUAUAGGGGGUCCAUAUAGACCGCUCCUAUACUGGGCACACAUAUAGGGGGUUCAUAUAGACCGCUCCUAUACUGGGCACACAUAUAAGAGUUCAUAUAGACCGAUCAUAUACUGGGCACAUAUAGGGGGUCCAUUUAAACAGUUCCUAUACUGGUAAUACAUAAAUGGGUCCUUUAUAUACAGCUCCUAUACUGGGCCCAAAAAGGGGGACAAUAUAGAAUAAUCCUGUACUGGCUAAAUAUAGAGAAAUCCAUAUAGGCAGAUCAUAUACUGGGCACAUAUAGAGGUAUCCAUGAAUACAAUUCCUAUACUGGGCACAUAAAAACCUCAGAGGUAAAAUAGUCCUCUAAUUGUUACAUAUAAAGAGGUCAAUAUAGACAGCACUUAUACUGGCCCCAUAUAACAAUACACAUUGUGGACCAUAUAGACAUAUCCCAUACAUGGACAUAUUGGAAGAUCCAUACACACAGAUUUAUCAGUGGCCACACACAUGGCCAUAGAGUGACCUAAGGCUGCACAAGGUUCCAGGCCAUAUAUACCAGUUAGGGCCUCUGCCUCUCACUGAUUGGGUUGUGUUGGUCCCUGGCACUAUGCUGUGUGGAAUGAGGUGGCUGCUGGUGGCCAACGUGUGCUCAGGAUGCCUUGGGUUGUCCCUGCUUCGUUCUGGCCUCUUCUACCUACUCCUCUUCGCUCACAGCUCCCAGGGACGAGCCUGCGAGAAAAGCCCUUGUUUUUCCGGCCGCUGUGUUAAUUCCACCUGUCUGUGUGACCCUGGAUGGGUAGGGGACCAAUGUCACCACUGCCAAGGGCGGUUCAAGUUAACUGAACCUUCUGGGUACCUGACCGAUGGGCCGAUCAACUAUAAAUAUAAAACCAAAUGCAGCUGGCUAAUCGAGGGCUACCCCCAAGCUGUCCUAAGGUUACGGUUCAAUCAUUUUGCCACUGAAUGCAGCUGGGACCACAUGUACGUGUACGACGGGGAUUCAAUAUAUUCGCCUCUAAUUGCUGUGCUGAGCGGACUGAUUGUGCCAGAAACUCCAGGGAACGAGACUGUGCCAGAGGUCGUUACCACUUCCGGAUACGCGUUACUUCACUUUUUUAGUGAUGCUGCUUACAACUUAACGGGAUUUAACAUAUUUUACUCGAUCAAUUCCUGUCCUAAUAACUGCUCAGGCCACGGCAAAUGUACUACCAGCAGCUCUGUCCCGAGCAGAGUGUACUGUGAAUGUGACAAAUACUGGAAAGGAGAAGCCUGCGAUAUCCUCUACUGCAAGAAUAACUGCGGCAGCCCAGACCACGGCUACUGCGACCUGACCGGGGAGAAGCUGUGUGUCUGCAAUGACAGCUGGCAAGGUCCUGAUUGCUCCUUAAAUGUUCCCUCCACGGACUCCUACUGGUUUCUGCCCAACGUGAAGCCAUUCAGCCCCUCGGUGGGUCGAGCCUCCCAUAAAGCCGUAAUGCAUGGAAAGUUCAUGUGGGUGAUUGGAGGCUAUGCCUUUAAUUACAGCUCCUUCCAGAUGGUGUUAAAUUACAAUGUGGAGAGCAGCAUAUGGAACGUGGUGCCCGUCCUGCGAGGCCCUCUGCAGAGAUAUGGGCACUCACUGGCCUUGUACCAGGAUGACAUCUACAUGUAUGGAGGAAAGAUUGAAACAAUCGCUGGGAACGUUACGGAUGAGCUUUGGGUUUUCAACAUAUCCAGUCAGUCUUGGAGCACCAGAACGCCGACUGUCCAGAACCACGGCCAGCAAUACGCGGUAGAAGGACACACGGCGCACAUAGUGGAACUCGGUAACCGCGAUGUGAUCAUGAUCGUUAUUUUUGGAUAUUCAUCUGUGUACGGUUACAUCAGCAACGUGCAAGAGUAUAACCUGAGGUCUAAUACUUGGCUAGUUCCUGAGACCAAAGGGGCCAUCGUACAAGGAGGAUAUGGCCAUACCAGCGUAUACGACCCAAUCACUAAAUCUGUGUAUGUACAUGGUGGGCACAAAGCGUUGCCAGGCAACAAGUAUGGUCUGGUGGACGAUCUGUACCGCUACGAGGUGAACACUCGGACAUGGACAAUCCUAAAGGAAAGCGGGCUCUCGCGCUGCCUCCAUUCUGCGGUGUUGAUCAGUGGCGCUGUGCUGGUAUUUGGUGGUAAUACCCACAAUGACACCUCACUGAGCAAUGGUGCCAAGUGUUUCUCUGCCGACUUCCUGGCUUACGAUAUAGCUUGUGAUGAAUGGAAAGUUCUGCAGAAACCCAAUCUUCACCGUGAUGUCAACCGCUUUGGACACUCCGCAGUUGUCAGUAACGGGUCCAUGUACAUAUUCGGCGGGUUUUCCAGUGUGCUCCUGAAUGAUAUCCUGGUAUACAAGCCGCCAAGCUGCGAGGCGUUCCACAGUGAAGAGCUUUGCACAAACGCCGUGCAUGGCAUCCGAUGUGUGUGGGACAAGGAUCACUGUGUGUCUUGGGAGGUCGCACACGCGAACAGCAAGUCUUUCCGAACAAAUUGCUCGGCUAAAGCAGCUGCUGCUGAUGACAGAUGUUAUAAGAAUUCAGACUGCGCCAGUUGCACUGCGAAUACCAAUGGCUGCCAGUGGUGUGAUGACAAGAAGUGUGUCUCUCUGAACAGUAACUGCAGCGUGUCCGUGAAGAACUACACCAAGUGUUACGUUCGCAAUGAGCAGAUCUGCAACAAAUUAACGAGCUGUAAAAGUUGCUCGCUUAAUUUAAACUGCCAAUGGGACCAGAGACAGCAGGAGUGCCAGGCCUUACCAGCACACUUGUGCGGCGAGGGCUGGAACCAUGUUGGAGAUGCCUGUCUGCGCAUCAACUCCAGCCGUGACACGAAUGACAACGCACGAGUUUACUGUCACAAUCUCAGUGGCAACUUGGCAUCCCUGACAACCUCUAAAGAAGUGGAUUUUGUUCUAAAUGAGAUGCAGAAGUACACCGUUCAGAAGCUUUCCCCUUGGGUGGGAUUGCGGAAGAUCAAUGUGUCGUACUGGGGCUGGGAAGAUAUGUGCCCAUUUACUAACACCACCCUUCAGUGGCUGCCUGGGGAGCCCAGCGACUCAGGAUUCUGCGCCUACUUGGAGCGUGCCGAAGUGGCGGGUCUGAAAGUCAGUCCUUGUACAUCUAUGACAGACGGACUAGUGUGCGAGAAACCUGUCGUCAGCCCAAACCAGAAUGCCCGGCCAUGUAAGAUGCCAUGUUCCCUGCGCACCAGCUGUUCUAAUUGCACCAGUAAUGGGAUGGAGUGCAUGUGGUGCAGUAAUACCAAACGCUGCGUGGAUUCUAAUGCUUACAUCAUCUCCUUCCCGUACGGACAGUGCCUCGAGUGGCAGACCAACACCUGCUCACCCCAGAAUUGCUCUGGAUUUCGCACCUGUGCCCAGUGUCUGGAGCAUCCUGGCUGUGGAUGGUGCAAUGACCCCAGUAACACGGGGAAGGGGCACUGCGUGGAAGGGUCCUCCAGGGGACCUAUGCGACUCUUGGGGAAACACAGCACUGAAAUGGUCCUGGAUACCAGUCUGUGUCCGCGCGAAAAGAACUACGAAUGGUCUUUUAUUCACUGCCCAGCGUGUCAGUGUAAUGGACACAGUACGUGCGUUAACGGCAAUGUGUGCGAGCAAUGUAAGAAUCUCACCACCGGGGAACAUUGUGAAAACUGUAUGGCCGGUUACUAUGGAAACCCUACCAACGGAGGAGAAUGCGAAGCUUGCACAUGCAAUGGACAUGCAAGUAUAUGUGAGAUGCAGACCGGGAAAUGUCACUGCACGACCAAAGGCAUCAAAGGGGACCAGUGCCAGCUAUGUGAUUCUGAAAAUCGUUACCUUGGGAAUCCUCUCCGUGGAACCUGCUACUAUAGCCUUCUUAUUGAUUAUCAGUUUACAUUCAGCCUCAUUCAGGAAGAUGAUCGACACCAUACGGCCAUCAACUUCAUUGCAAAUCCCGAGCAGUCUAAUAAGAACUUGGACAUAUCUAUCAAUGCAUCAAAUAACUUCAACCUCAACAUUACCUGGUCUAUCGGAUCCACAGCUGGGACGAUAUCUGGGGAGGAGGCCACGCUGGUAUCCAGAUCUUACAUCAAGGAGUACAGAGACAGCUUCUCCUAUGAGAAAUUUAAUUUCCGAAGUAACCCCAAUGUGACAUUCUAUGUGUAUGUCAGUAACUUCUCCUGGCCCAUCAAAAUCCAGAUCGCUUUCUCUCAGCAUAACACAAUCAUGGAUCUCGUGCAGUUUUUUGUUACAUUUUUCAGCUGCUUUUUAUCCCUCCUGCUGGUCGCCGCCGUGGUGUGGAAGAUUAAACAGACCUGCUGGGCAUCGCGUCGGAGAGAGCAGCUGAUGCGAGAACGGCAGCAGAUGGCGAGCCGCCCUUUCGCCUCGGUAGAUGUGACGCUGGAGGUUGGUACAGAACAAACUGAAUUCCUCCGAGGGCCGGUAGAGGGUGUCCCAAAGCCGAUCGCUAUAGAGCCAUGUUCAGGAAAUAAGGCUGCUGUCCUCACCGUAUUUCUUUGCCUACCAAGAGGAACAGCGGGCGUCCCUCCCCCAGGGCAGUCAGGUCUUGCUAUUGCCAGUGCUUUGAUAGACAUAUCUCAACAAAAAUCUUUGGACUGCAAAGAUAAAACCUCUUGUGUUCGGAACCGGAAGACACAUCCUCCGACAAGACAAGGAACUUGUGUUUGAAACCAUCUAGAAACUUGAGCGAGUUGGGAUUUUUUUUUCUUUACUUCAAAAGGCUUCCGUUGAAAGUUCUACUUUGCACUGAAUUAUUCCGGAGACCUUAAGUUCAGAUGGAGAAACACAACGAGAGGUCCGUUCUCAGUGCCAGUUACCUCCUGGGAGAAACAUGGUGGCGGAACAUUGCUUCACUGGUGGUGUACCUCAUGAAAUAUAUCAAGAGGAAAUAUCAGUUUUUAUGGAAGGGGUAUCUAUCAGAAAGAUACCGUUGCAAUGGACUUACAAAACUCAUGAAAUGCAUCAAAGAAUAUUUAAGAACUUUACUGGAAUUUCUUUUUCUUGUAAAUAUGUGGAAAUGGGAAUCCCCGAAAUACGGGUCUUAAGAAUUCUUGUAACAGGAGACUUGGUGCAUGUGUUUAAUGAAUAUCAUCCACUAGGACGUUUAUGGGCAUAUCAUCAUUUUAUACCUUAUAUUAGGGGACCUGAAGAAGCCAGGCAUUAACUAGAUUUUUUUGUCUAUUGAGCUUGGGUCAGAUCAGAAAAAAAUAAAUAAAUAAAAAACUAAUCUAUACAAUCUUUAAUUAAACAAAAGAAUAAAAUAAAAUAAACACAAGCUAUACAUAUAGGUUUACUUUAAACACAAAUGUUUCCUGAAAACUCAUUGCAGAGAUUUCUUUGCCAAUAGAAAAGGGAUCUGCCACUCUGCCACAAAAAACCCUAGAGUUGAUAUAAAAUGCUUCUAUUCCAAGGGUGACAACGCAAAUGGGCCCAUAGACUACGAUACAGUAAACUCACAGAGGAAGAGGAGGGCAUUCACACAGCGCUCACAAGCCCUAGAAAUUCAGACAUUGGCAUUACGUGUCCCAACUAAGGGGACCAGUACAGAGCUAAAACAAUACCAAUUUGGUGUUAAGUGCAAAGCUUUUCAGAAUAUUUGGUAUUAACUGCUCACAUUAGAAGUACCACUUUAUACUUUUGUGGUUUUUCCUUAUAGCACUUUUGUGGGUAACUUUCUAGUUUACAUUUUACAUCCUAGUAUCUGCCGUCGUCACACAGGCAAAAGGCACUCCGAACCCCAUUAACCCUAUAAUAACAGUUCACAGCAAGUCAUAGAAUUCUGCUUCAAAACACAUUUUCUAGGAAUUUACCACCAAAGGCACAGAUUCUUUCAGUGUCCUCAGUGCUGCUACCUGUAUGAAGACAGAGCCUGGCAAAAUUAAAUGCAAUAGAAAAGAAAUACGUCAGUUAAGAAUUUUAAGAAUAAAAAAGUGGGGGCUAAGCCUGGAUCUUUAUAUCUUUCAAUGUAUUAUCGGACUGUUUGUAUUUAAAUGCCAGAGUUCUAACUUAGAAACUGUGUUCUCUCUCAACUUUUUUUGCAGGUAGGAGAAUUAUGAUAAAGUUAAUAAAAUCAAAUUUGAUAAAGAAAUCAAAAAGCUAAAAUUCGAUAAGUACUUAUUAGAGGGAUGAUAACUUAUAACACUGCAACUAAAGGCCGACGAGCAGGCCGGAGGACCUUCAGCUGUCUACACACGCAAUCAAACACACACAAACACAUUUAGAUGGAGUUGUUGCCUCUUUACAGGUCAUUGCUGUGCAGGGCACGCACCCUCUGCAGUUCAGGCAGUUGGUAUUGUUGCUGAAGGGAUCCGGUAUUAAUAGGUGAAUCAGAUUCUGUUCAUUCCAGUCUAUUUCGCACACUUGCUGUAAAAAUCCCAGUAAAUUAUUAUCAUGGAGAGAAGCUCGGACAUACCCAGUGCGUCAAUCUCAGGACCCUGGAUCACUGAAGGAACCAUAAGGAAUGUUUUACUGCUAUAUUGUUUAUGUCCCAUUGUACUUCUUAAUCCCAAAAGGAUGUGAUUUUUUUUUUGUUUUGUUUAUUUUACUGUUUACAAUGGACUUUGUAGGUAAAUGCAUGCUGAAUUGGUGCAAUGACUUAAUAUAUGUAUAUUAUUAUUAUUUUUUUUUUUUUUGUAAUUCAGUUCAUAAAAUGAAAUAAUAUUCAGCACGAUUUGGCUGAAAAUGUAUAAAGUUAUAUAUACACACACACACACACAAUGUACAGUUUGUAACCAUUACAUACAGGAUCCCCUUCAGGAUUCUCCAAUCAGAUAAAAUGCAAUAUUCUGAGGGGUGGGGAAGUGGGGGUGUAACAGCCCAAUAUCAGGCGAACGUGGUUUACAUUUUUAAGAAUGAAUUUUGUUAUUAAGGUGAUCACUGCUCAUACUGCAAUUUUAGGAUCUAUUAAAUUCAUGACUUGCAGAAAUGGAAAAACGCAGACGACAAUAAAAGUUCCUUUCAAUGGCCAA